AUGUCAGACGCAGACUCUGACCGCGCUGCUCAAAUUGAGCUCGCCGCCAAGCGUAUAGCAUCGGUGGUUGCUGCAGCGAAUGUGAUUGGCGUCCUCGAAUGUGGUAUGCAGAUCGUAAUGGUUGUCUACGGCCUCUCCGCAUUCCUCGCCACGACAAAGGCGAGACGAAAAGGACGACUGCCCUACAUCUUAAUCAGCUUCGUCAUCCUCGUUCUCUCGGCUAUACCCACAUUCCUGAACGUCUGGUCCGAGUUCAACCUCAUUUACAAUUCCGGACCGGGUGAAAGCUACUACAAUGCAAUUGAAGCACUCUGGAUCUCCGGCGUGGUCAUCAUCUCCGGUCUCGAAGUCGGGGACAACCUCACCCAAAGCCUCGACGGCAGCGCAAUGCUCAUCCAUGUCUGCCUCAACAUUCUCGUCACACUCCUCAUUGUCGUCCGUCUCCUCCGCGCUCACCAUACUCUCUCCAAGGUCCUCCCAAAUCGCAAUCUGCGCGUGUACAGGGGAGCCAUCAGCAUCGUGAUCGAAUCUGCUUUACCCUUCACCAUAUGCCUCUUCAUAUCUGGUGUGGUUACUAUCUAUAGGACAGUCAAGGACGACGCCAUCUCCUGGGCUGCCUUCGCGACUGGGUUCAUGUCCGAUACAGUAGCGAGGAGUUUGGCGGCGCUCGCACCCCAAAUGAUUAUUUUCAGAGUGACAACUGGCAGGUCAUUAUCUCGGCACGAGGAGACCAUCGCCACGCAUCCGCAGAGCCGCAUGGUCUUCUCCCAGCCCCUGGCGUUUCAUCAUCCCGAAGAAUCAUACGGUGAUGGUUCAACUCCCAUGUUUCCUGGUCAAUCGAAGCAUGACCACGGCGACAUGGAGCUCAAAACGCAGGCGGCACCCUAA